AUGCCCCGGACACUGCGUGCCUCGGACAUGGCCGUCCCCGGCAGCCCUCGCCCACCCCGCACUGAGCCCAGGGGCAGUGAGCAGGCCGAGCAGCCUGUCCUGGGCGGGGCUCCUUCCUCAGCCCCCUGGACACCCAUGAUCCAGCAGUUGGUGCCCACGGCCGACUACUGCCCUGAGAAAGCCUACAUCUUCACCUUCCUGCUGAGCUCCCGCCUCUUCAUCGAGCCCCGGGAGCUGCUGGCCCGGGUCUGCCAGCUGUGCAUCGAGCAGCAGCAGCUGGACGAGCCAGGGCUGGACAAGGCCCGGGUCCGGAAGUUUGGCCCCAAACUGCUCCGGCUGCUGGCCGAGUGGACGGAGACCUUCCGGCGGGACUUCCAGGAGGAGGCGGCCGUCGGGCUCCUGGAGGACGUGGUGGGCCGCCUCGCCCGCUGUGACGAGGCAUACAGAGCGAGGCACCAGGUCCUGCAGGCUCUGCACCAGAAGCUGGCAGCCGGCCCGGGGCCGGAAAGCCUGCUGGGCACCGACCGGCCCGUCUCCUACAGGACCCAGCUGCCAGCCUCCAUCCGCAGGGAGCUCCUCGGCGUCUGCAGCGACCCCUACAGGCUGGCCCAGCAGCUGACCCUCGUGGAGCUGGCACGGCUGCGACACAUCGGGCCCGAGGAGUUUGUCCAGGCUUUUGUGAACAAGGACCCUCUGGCCAGCACCAAGGCAGAAGGCCCUCGGACGCGCUGUCCCUGCACCCUGUUCGGUGAUAAGACCAAGAACCUGGAGGCUUACGUGAAAUGGUUCAACAGGUUGUGCUACCUCGUGGCCACUGAGGUCUGCAUGCUGUCCAAGAAGAAGCGGAGGGCCCAAGUGAUCGAGUUCUUCAUCGACGUGGCCCGCAAGUGCUUCAACAUUGGCAACUUCAACUCCCUCAUGGCCAUCGUCUCUGGCAUGAACAUGAGCCCCGUGUCCAGGCUGAAGAAGACCUGGGCCAAAGUGAAGACAGCCAAGCUUUUCAUCCUGGAGCCUGGUGAGCAUGGUCACCAGAUGGAUCCAACCGGGAAUUUCUGCAACUACAGGGCAGCCCUGCGGGGGGCCGCCCACCGCUCCCUGACCGCCCACAGCAGCCAGGAGAAGAUCGUCGUUCCCUUCUUCAGCCUGCUCAUCAAAGACAUCUACUUCCUCAACGAGGGCUGUGCCAACCGCCUCCCCAACGGACACGUCAACUUUGAGAAAUUUCUGGAGCUGGCCAAGCAGGUUGGAGAGUUCAUCACAUGGAAACAAGUGGAGUGUCCCUUCGAGCAAGACCCCAGCAUCACCCACUACCUGUGCGCUGCCCCCGCCUUCAGUGAGGACGGUCUUUAUUUGGCUUCCUAUGAAAAUGAGAGUCCAGAGAGCCACACAGAAAAAGAGAGAUGGAAAUCUCUACGGUCUUCUAUUUGGGGGAAGACGUGA